AUUUUUCCCGUUGCAGACAAUAGAUUUCAAUGUACUUCCGGUCCCCUUGUCAAGAUGGCGUACCUGCAGACGAGGGCCGUUUCACACGCUCAGAGAGUGAGAAGUUUAUACAAAGAAGCGGUCAGAAAUCUAGAGUCAACAUAUGGCUAUCACAGGCAUGUCUUUCGAUACCAUGCAGUCUUACUAAGAGCACGUUUUGAUGAACACGCAAAUGAGAUGGAUGCGAGAAAAGCUAAAAAGCUUCUGCUGGAUGGAGAACACGAACUGUGGCUAAAAAUGCAUCCACAACCAAUUAAAUUUCCUAAUUCUCCAGGUGGAGUUGCCUAUGCUAGAGAACCUCAUGUAUCAGACUGGAUCCUGGACGUCUGGCACCCACUGGAGAAGGCCCAGUAUCCAGAGUACUUUGCUUUGCGUGAAAUAAGAAAGAAAGAAUUUAUUGAACGAUGGGAAAAGAAAUAUGGACAUGUUAAUCAUGAUGAUGCACACCACUAACGUCUUGUGUUUUGUGUAAAUGUACAUUGAUUAAUUAUUAACACCCUUGAUGCUGUAUACUUUUUUCAAGCUUCAGUUUCACAGUGGUAGACUUUGCUAAUAUUUUCGGUAAAAGAACUCAGAAUUCAGUGUAAUUGGCAAUAGUUGUGAUUCAUGCAAAGAAUUUGCCAGAUUGAAGUGCAUAUUGUUUUAAAUAGUGUUGGUCGUCUUGGUUAUAAUAAAUGUUUUUAUUGAUA